AUAUGUUGGGAAAAGUUGGUGGAAGAGGUGAAAAUGGGUGGAAAAGUGAAAAAUUGGAGUGAAACAAAAUGGCGACAUGAAUCCGUGUUGAAGAAAAUUAAUCAUAUCCGUCUUUUGGCAUUUUUCUCCAGAGCUCUCUUGCUGAUUGUCAGCUAGUUUUAUUCUUUUGGGACCCUUCUAGAAGAAGCACGAAGAGGCCUGAUAAAGUCGCGUGAAAGAGACGCACAAGGAUUAACAGGAUUUAAGGAUCCACACAGAUAAGCAAGAAAAUGCAAACCAUUAAGUGUGUUGUCGUGGGCGAUGGAGCCGUGGGUAAAACGUGCCUCCUCAUCUCCUAUACCACCAACAAAUUCCCAUCAGAAUACGUUCCAACUGUCUUUGACAAUUAUGCCGUCACGGUGAUGAUUGGAGGAGAACCCUACACUCUGGGGCUCUUUGAUACAGCUGGUCAGGAGGACUACGAUAGGCUCCGACCACUCUCCUACCCACAAACAGAUGUCUUCUUGGUGUGCUUCUCAGUUGUCAGUCCCAGUUCCUUCGAGAAUGUCAAAGAAAAGUGGGUUCCAGAGAUAACGCAUCAUUGCCAAAAGACACCAUUCCUGCUUGUUGGCACGCAGAUUGAUUUGCGCGAUGAAAGUGGGACGCUGGAGAAGUUGGCGAAGAAUAAGCAGAAGCCCAUUACGAUGGAGCAGGGUGAGAAGCUGGCGAAGGAAUUGAAAGCUGUUAAAUAUGUUGAAUGUUCCGCUCUGACUCAGAAAGGGCUAAAGAAUGUCUUCGAUGAGGCAAUUCUGGCUGCAUUGGAGCCACCAGAGCCAACAAAGAGGAGGAAGUGCAAAUUCCUGUAAAAUAAAACACAACAAAACACACCCAGCUCUGGUUAAAAUGUCAUCCAGUUUCACUUUAAUUAUUAUUUUCUUUUCUUAAAAAGAGAAUCCUAAAAGGAAAAGUUUUUUAUAAAGUAAAGGAGCCCAUGCGCUUGAUAUGGGCGAAGUACCUAAUUGAAGGAAACGCAGAAAACAAUUUUAACCCACCCAGUCUUGUAGGGAAUCAAAAAAUGAUAAAGAAUCGCCAAAAAUAUUCACCAUUUUCCACUGGGGUCACAACGAAAAAAAGCAAUAAAGUUUUGUAAAAAUUCAAAAAAAUUGACCGCCAUUCGCCAUUUUGUUCAUUUCAAUGCAUGAAGCAUAUGUUUCAAUGCUUCGUCAAUAUGAGCUUGUCGAUGGGAGUUUGACAUUUCAUUUUUUUUGGGAGAAAAUAAAAAAAAAAUUGCGUAUUUUUUUUAGUUUAAUUAUCGUGGUAAAUGUGUUUUACGUGUUGUUCAAGAGUGAUUUUUACAUCUGAAUACCUGGGAUGAAUUCCCGCACAACUUGUGACCGUCUCAGCGAGCACAUCAUUGGUCGUGGAAAAGGUCUUGGGAAAGGUGGUGCCAAUAAACAUCGUAAGGUUUUGCAUGACAACAUCUAGGGAAUCACAAAACCAAGCAAUCCAUCGUCUUGUCCGUCGUGGUGGUGUGAAACGCAAAGGAUUCCAGCGCAGAGGAUUUCUCAAUUCGUGAAAAAGCCAUCUUCAAGACGAUCCACGACCAAUGUUUUUGGAUUGCUUUGCUUUGUAACGAGAGAUGUGCUCGCUGAGACGGUCACAAGUUGUGCGGGAAUUCAUCCCAGGUAUUCAGAUAUAAAAAUCACUCUUGAACAACACGUAAAACACAUUUACCACGAUAAUUAAACUAAAAAAUACGCAAUUUUUUUUAUUUUCUCUCAAAAAAAUGAAUGAAAUGUCAAACUCCCAUCGACAAGCUCAUGACGAAGCAUUGAAACAUCUGCUUGAUGCAUUGAAAGAGACAAAAUGGCGAAUGGCGGUCAAUUUUUUUUGAAUUUUUUCCAAAACUUUAUUGCCUUUUUUCGUUGUGACCCCAGUGGAAAAUGGUGAAUAUUUUUGGCGAUUCUUUAUCCUUUUUUGAUUCCCUACAAGACUGGGUGGGUUAAAAUUGUUUUCUGCAUUUCCUUCAAUUAGGUACUUGGCCCAUAUCAAGCGCAUGGGCUCCUUUUACCUUUUUUUUCAAUUUUCUUUCCUUGUUAGUUGAUUCUCUUUUUAAUUUUAAUAAUUUUUCUUUUUCUUUGGAAUUGAUGAAAAAAAAGAAGGAAAACGUGCGUGAAUUGUGCAUUUAAGAGACUCUAAAUAAUAAUAAGUUGUAGGAGGAAGGGAAGGAAGGAAAGUGCUCUAAAGGCAGGAGAUUUUUAUAGGAAGAAUUUUAUCAUUGAAAAUCUUUUUAAUGAAAAUUUUCAGUUUUUAUUAUCCAGAAAAAAAAUUAAUGAGAUUGUCUAAAUUAACAUUUUAUUGCAUUUAGGAAUAUUAUAUUAAUUAUGAAGAAUUCUGAGAAAAUUAGAGCGCAAAAUAGAGCCAGAGAGACAUAAUAAGAAAAAAAAAAUAUUUAUAAUUUAAUAGAAAAAAAAAGACAGACAAAACAAAAACUCUUCAACCAUAAAGGAAAAAAAAAUACUUAUAAAAAAAUAGAAAGAGAAAAUGAGUAAUAAAAAAUGCCUUGUUCUUUUUUACUACAAAUUCAUCUUGUAAUUUUUCAUACUUGAACUAACACAAUGGAAUUAAGAAUAUUAAAAAAGAAGAAAAAGAAAAAAAAUGAAGAGGAAAUAAAUUAUAUUUUACUAAUUUUUCAACAAAAAAAAAAAGAAAAAGAAAGUAAAAUUAAUAAACUAUAGUUAUUUAUAGAAAACAAUCAUGAAGGAAAAAAAUAUUAUUCAUAAAUUAACAAAAAAAAUAUAAUAAUUUUAUGCAAUAUCAGUGAAAAAAAAACUUUCGAUAAAGUUAAAAAAUAUAUAUUAUUAUUAAGAAUAUUUACAAUUUUGAGAAAUGUUGGAUUUUUGAAUAUUUUUCUCUCCAUAAAGCAGUGAAAUUUUUUGAAAAUUAUUUUUUAUUUUUAAUGGCUCACAGUAUUUUUAAAAAAGAAAUUUUUCAUAGAUCUUAAGUUUGUUUUUUUAGAAGCUUUUAACAUUUUUUUUUAAAUAAAAAUUUGAGCCAAACGCAAACCCAGUAAAUUAAAGAAAAUUUUUAUUAUAAUUUUAUGGAAAGAGCUUCAAAAUUAAAAUAAAAAGAAAAUAAGAUCAUAUCGCGAAAAAUUGAAAAAAAAAAAAAAAGAAAAUAAAACCUCUACAGCCGGUGUGGUUGUGGGAAAGGGUGAGGUUUUAAUUUUAAUUGUAAAUAUUCUGUAAAAUUAUAAUAAUCAAUUGAAAAAACCGAAAAAACAUUAAAAAUUUGCUAAAUAAAAUUUUGUUAGCAAACCAAUUUUCAACACAGAGGAGAAAAAUAAUAAAUAAUAAAAAAACAGCAUUAUAAACAUUUUUAUAAAAAUAAAGAACAAAAAAAACUACAAAAUAUAUUAAUUUAUAUAUUUUCCAACGAAAA